AUGCCAUAUGGGGAAUACUUGAAGAUUUGGAAAACUAAAGAAGAUAAGGUCCGAGAUUGGUUUAUUGAUAAUUAUGAUUGUGGGUUCAAAUUCAAUGAAAAUAAAUUCAUAGAGAAGGUUUACAGGAAAGCAUUUGAAUUCACACCAAAUGAUAUAAUAGUAAAACUAGAGCGCCAUGAUGAAAGCGAUACGGUAAUAUGUAGUCAUGAAUUAGAUGUAUUGUGCAGUAAAAAUCGUAUAUUGGAUGGAGAAAUUAAAGUCGGAUUACCUUGGCUUUCUAUAUUUCUUGGAAUAAAACGUGGUACUGAUAAACAAAAAUUUAAAAACAUUGAAUUAUUUUCGGAAUAUUCCGUUGAAACGUGGAAAGAGGCGAAAAUCACUUUUUCUAAAUCAUGCGUUAAACCAACCAAUAAACUAAUUAAAGAUGUGAACGAUGCACUGAGUGAAAACACAACUAAUGAGAAAAUACAAGCUCUUCUUAAAGUAACAAAAGAAUACGGCAGUUUUUAUGCUUGUAGUCUUAUUUUUGGUAAAGCACGCUUCAGAGAAAAAGAACAAAUUAAUAGGUUAAAUGAGAGUUCAAGAUCUACAAAUACUGGUGCCCAGUUUGAAAUCAAGCCUAAUGUGCAUGGCAUAGAGGCUGGCAUAGGUUUAAAUAUUUCUAACGGAACUAAUAACAAAUCAAGGAGCCUCGAUAGCUACUUACACUCAAGAAAUAAAGAUAUUGGUGAUCGAGAUGAUUAUACUAAGUGGGAAAUAAUCGGAUAUGAUAAAAUUCAUUUAAUAUUUGAUUUACUGGAUGAUGAUUUACAGAAAAAGAUUUUAGAUGUUUUGGGUCAUCGAAUUUUAUCAGCUGGUAGUGUUCCCAUAAAUCAUGAUUUCAAAAAACCGUUACCUUUUCCAUUAGAUACUGCACUAACGAAUGUCAUAGACGCCAGCAAGUGUCAUAUUUUUGUGUCGAUUACGAACCAAAACGUUGAGAAUGCAUUUUCUUUGCAUGUUGAUUACGUAGAUAAGCAUACUCCCGAAAUUGUUGUUUAUCGAUUUGGACGUAAAAAGAAUAUACUUACUCGUGCAAUCCGAGGUAUAAAAGGAACAAAAACUUAUUCAUUCGAACUCAAUUGGAUUAUUGUUGGGCAACCAAAAGACUUUGAUUUUGAUAUGACAGACUAUCCAGUAAUACUAAGAAGCUAUAAUUAUAAUGACUUUGAAAUGAAAAACAAUUUUAUACAAAUUCCUAUCGAUAAAAUUCAAAAUUUUAAAGAUAUUCAAAAGCUUCGAGAAACUUGCAUACUGAGUACAUGUGUAUUAGAGACAAGUUCAUUAAGUAAAGAUUUAUAUAAUCGGGAGAAAACAACUAUUGUAUUUAGUACUCAUUAUUCGCGUACUAAGCAUGCUGCUUGCAUGUUUGCUUAUAAUUUUAACGAUAAAAAAAAUUUCGUUAAUGAAGAAAUUUUGCGGAAUUUAAAAUUGCAUAUUUGUGCCGUUGAUGUAGAUCUUUCCUACAAAACAUUUAAAUUUGGUCAGAUACCGAUUAAAUUGAGUACAGGAGACAAAAAUAUAUAUUAUGGUCGUGAAUUUCCAAUUCUUAAAAAAAUUUUUCCUGUGAAUGUUGGAAGCUUAAUACUGGUGAAUCAAAUUUUAGAUUGUUCCGAAAAUUGUGAAGAUCAUGGUUCAGUUAAUGUCAACACUAACGGAAUUAUUUACAAGCCAUUUGGCUCACAAAGAACAGAUAAAAGAGCAAUAGCUUAUCUUAUAGUUCCUCUAAAAAAUUCAUCUGAACAUUAG